CUUGAUGAUAUUCUUUGCCCUGCUAAGGCAGCGGGAGGUGUAAAUAUCCAUCAGGGAGGGGAGAGGGCAACAAAUGAUCUUCUGUGCUGUCCUAGUUACCCUCUGAAGCCUCUCCCUGUCUGCCAUGGUGCAGCUGCCGUACCAUGCUGUAAUGCAGUAUGUCAGCAGGCUCUUGAUGGACGAGCGGUAGAAGGUCAGCAGCAGAUUAGAGUCCAGGUUGUGCUUCCUGAGAACCCUCAGGAAGUGCAGCCACUGCUGAGCCUUCUUGAUGACCGCUGUCGUGUUGUCUGUCCAGGAGAUAUCAGCAGAGAUAAGGACGCCGAGAAACCGGAAGGUGUUGACACUCUCCACACACUCGCCGAUGAUAUGUAGGGGGACUAAGUCGGUGCUGUGCCUCCUGAAGUCGACAAACGAUAUUGGUGAACUUAAAGAUCAAUCUGCCCGUUGCACUUGGCCCCCAUGGUCAUGGGUGCAGAGGGAGUAGAACAAGAGAGUUAGCACACAACACCUAGGAGCACCAGUGUUGAGAGAGAAAAUGCUAUUACCAAUUCUAACAGCCUGAGGGCUGCCGACCAGGAAGUCCAAAUGCCAGUUACAGAAGGGGUGCCCGAGGCCCUAGUCAGAAGUUUAGAGAGAAGAGCUUAAUGAGUAUUAUGGUUUUGAAGGCUGAGUUUAGUCAAUGAAUAUCAUUCUAACAUUGGUGUUCUUAUCACCAAGGUGAUCCCGAGUUGAAUGUAAUGUCUGGGAGAUAGUGUCUUUCCUCUGGGCAAAUCGCAAAGGGUCUAGAUUGUCUGGAAGACCGGAACAGAUGUGGGCCAUUACUAAACUUUCAAAGCAUUUCAUUAUGGUCAAAGUUAGUGCCCCUGGUCAGUAGUCUUAGAAGACAGACCACUUUGGUUUAGUAGGGGACUGGAAUGAUGAGCAUUUCCUUGAUGCAGAUGGGAAUAUGUUGAAGUAAGAGGUUGAAGAUGUCACAAAUACAGUGGCCAGAUGAUUUCAGAACCAAUGGGCGUACAGGGAGUGGGGGCUGUAAUGGUGCUGGCUGCUCUCCAAGAGUUUAUACCCGUGAAAGCAGUUUUCACUUAUGCCACUGAGAAAUAUGGGACAGAGCCAACGGAGGACAGGGAACAUGCCUGGAUAAUACUUCAACGUUUACCUGUUUAACAUGCCGUGAAAGGCUUUGAGCUCAUCCAGUAGAGAACCUCCACCCUACCUUGGUAAGGAAGCUAAAUUACUUCUCAUUUGGAUCUGGUGACCUGAUUAUGGACACCUCUUGAACCACUGCUUUACCUAUUACCUCUGCUACAUAAGUUCUUUUGAGAUUUUGGGAAUAUCUAUUUUGAUCAGAAGACCAGAACAAUGUUCCAUUAUUGAUGAGUGUUUGACGGUUCACAGUCUGUGCUUAUUGCCAUUUAGAAGAAUGAGGGGGUACCUCAUUGAAAUGUACCAAAUAAUGGAUAGAUGUGGAGAGCAUGUUUCCACUAGUAGGAGGGUCUGGAACCAAAGGGCAUAACCUCAGAAUUAAAGGACGUACCUUUAUAAAGGAGAUGAGGAGAAAUUUAUUUAGCCAGAGGGUGGUGAAUCUAUGGAAUCCAUUGUCACAGACGGCUGUGGAGGCCCAGUCAUUGGGCAAUUUUAAGGCAGAGAUUGACAGGUUCUUAAUUAGUAAGGGUGUCAAAGGUUACGGCAGAAGAAUGGGUUGAGUUUGAAAGUUAGAUCAACCAUGAUUGAAUGGUGGAGUAGAUUCGAUGGGCCGAAUAGCCUCUAAUUCUGCUCCUCUGACUUAUGAACAUGAAUUCCACAAAAGGACUCAAUGUGCCGGAGUUCGUCAGUGGGUCAGGCAGCAUCUCUGGAGAAUAUGGAUAGGUGACGUUUCGAGGCGAGAAGGGUAAAAUUCUGUUAGUGUGUAUGUUAAGGGUUAGCAAUCCGUUAUGGAAAUCAAACUAAUUUACCUUUAAGUGAUUAUUUACAAUUUCUCAUAGUGCAGUUUGUGAAAAAUAGGGAACAAUUGUUCUCAUUUGUCAGCUGCAAAUUGCAAUCCAUGGGCAAUAAAGCUUGAAGUUAUAUGGAAGGUAAUGUAAUUUUGUUGGAAUAAAAAACACGCUGUAAUACAGUGCUUUAUGGCACGAAGACACACUCUUUUCGCACUGAUGCACUACGUUUGAAGAAACAUUCUGAGAAUAUAGGGGAAUAGUGGUGGCAAUUAUCGAGAAAACAAUGUAAAGGUUAAUAGAAGGCUUUGGUUUAAUGGUACAUUAAGCCAAUGACAUUUAGAUAGCAAUUUCCAUUAACUUCAAUAGGACCAAAUGUGUAGGGGUGAAUAUGAGUGGAGACUGUAAUUUCUUUGCUUAAUGUUAGUGACGAAGAACUCAUUUCUACUCCAUAAAGUUUCAUACUAAGACCACUUUGCUGUUCUGUAGCACCAAUAUCAAUAUCUCCCUUUGAAUUGAGUGCAAGUUCUUCAGUGUUACAGCACAACAUUAUGUUGAAAUACUCACUGCGUAAUCACACAUUUUUGCGCCUCUGGUACAAAUUUUAUUUCUUCAAUAUUGUUUGGUUCUUUUGAAACAAAUGACUGGCUUGCAAGAAAAUGUCGAAAGGGUUAAAUUAGGCUGUGUGCUAAUCCGUUUCAUGAUUUGAUUCCCCCCUCUCUAUCUGUACACUGUGGAUGGCUCAUUUGUAAUUAUGUACUGUCUAUCCGCUGACUGGUUAGCACGCAAUAAAGCUUUUCACUCUUCCCUGGUACACGUGACAAUAAACAAAACUAAACUGUAGACAGAUACAAAAAGCUAGAAUAUCUCAGUGCGUCAGACUGCAUCUCUGGAGAAAAGGAAUAGGUGACGUUUCGGGUCAAGACCCUUCUUCAGACCCCCUGACUCUCAAUCUGAAGAAAGGUCUUGACCCGAAACAUCACCUGUUCCUUAACUCCAGAGAUGUUGUUUGACCCGCUGAGUUACUUCAGCUUUUUUUCUAUCUUCGGUUUAAACCAGCAUCUGCAGUUCCUUCCUAAAUCAAACGCUAUGUGGAUCCAUGCUGAUGUAAAUCAACUCAAGGGACACAGAUUCUAACGACUACACAUUAGGGAGAUGUGCUGUGGGGUUUAUGACAUCAUUAGAAUAUCCAAACUCCACCUUGACUGUGACAGAAUGUCAUAAUGUUCCAUUCAAUCUUUGUUCACUGUAUGAAGAAUCAAUUGUCAAAUCUUACUUGCUUUGUACAGCCUGCUGCCUCCUGAGAGAAAUUGUUUGAGGAUUGAUGAAAUGAAAGGUGUAUAAUCACUCCAAAACAUCACUGUGGGGAGUCAAAGUGGAUUUGUUUGUGUCUUUUGCUGUUACAUCUUAAUACUCAUGACGCCACUGGUCUGUUCAAAAAUUUCAGGUUUUUGAAUAUCGCUUAAAUGUUGAGUACCAAUGAGUGAUGACAUCGCUUACUGGGUGGCACCUGGCUCAAAGGAGUUCCUGCAGCCAAAGGAAUGAUGAAGCGGAAGUCCGAAGGAGCAUUCUCCGACUCGAGGGUGCUUCAGUGAUCUUGCACCAAGCCCGUGCAAGUUAAGUCAACAGCAGUGCACAGCUUGGAUCAGUGGGGAGAGUGACUAUUCAGAUAUCAUGAAUGAUCAGUUUUGUAUGGGAGGUGAUCAACACUUCCAAGGUCAAGAGUUAUAUGAAGAAAAUGAGCCAACACAGACAGCACGCGCAACACCAAACAGUAGUCUCAGUGCCAACGACAAAGGUUUCCUGCCUACCAUCAAACUGGAGAGCGCUCUCCAACUAAAAAGCAACUCCAGUUCCAUUAAAUCUUACGAUGUCUCGACCAGACCGAAAGGGGAACCUAUGACAGCAGCGGAGGCAAAGAAACAUUAUUUACACAAACUCACACCGUAUGAAGAACAGGAGAUAGCUAGCUAUUCAGAAAUCUAUUUUGUUGGACCAAAUUCUAAAAAGAGACCAGGCAUUAUUGGAGCACCAAAUAAUAAUAGCUAUGAUGAUGAGCAGGGUUCUUAUCUUUAUGUGCCACACGAUCACAUCGCUUAUCGAUAUGAAGUCAUCAAGGUAAUCGGGAAGGGCAGCUUUGGCCAGGUGGUGAAGGCAUACGAUCACAAACUCCACCAAUACAUUGCCUUGAAGAUGGUACGGAACGAAAAACGAUUCCAUAGGCAAGCCGCUGAGGAGAUCAAGAUACUGGAGCAUCUGAGGAGGCAAGACAAGGAUAACACCAUGAAUGUCAUCCACAUCUAUGAGAGUUUUUCCUUCCGCAACCACAUUUGUAUGACCUUUGAGCUACUCAGCAUGAACCUCUACGAACUCAUCAAAAAGAACAAGUUCCAAGGAUUCAGCCUGCCCCUGGUCCGUAAAUUUGCACACUCCAUCCUGCAGUGCCUUGAUGCCUUGCAUAAGAGCCAUAUCAUCCAUUGUGACUUGAAGCCUGAGAACAUCUUGCUGAAGCAACAGGGCCGGAGUGGAGUUAAGGUGAUCGACUUUGGGUCCAGUUGCUAUGACCAUCAAAAGAUUUACACGUACAUUCAGUCACGUUUUUACCGAGCUCCUGAAGUGAUUCUAGGAGCACGGUAUGGGAUGGGUAUUGACAUGUGGAGUUUGGGCUGCAUUCUUGCUGAACUGUUGACUGGACAUCCACUCUUACCAGGGGAAGACGAGGGAGAUCAGCUGGCUUGUAUGAUAGAAUUACUAGGAAUGCCGUCGAAAAUGCUGCUAGAAUGUUCGAAAAGGGCCAAAAUGUUCAUCAGCUCCAAGGGUUACCCUAGAUAUUCCUCUGUUGUCAUGCUUCCUGAUGGGACUGUACAUUUGAAUGGUGGACGGUCACGGAGAGGAAAGAAUCGCGGUCCCCCUGGUCAACGGGACUGGAUCAGUGCUCUCAAGGGCUGUGAUGACCAAUCCUUCAUUGACUUCCUGAAACACUGCCUGGAGUGGGAUCCCACCUUACGCUUGACACCAGCACAGGCCUUAAGGCACCCUUGGCUGCGAAGACGGCUGCCAAAGCCUCCAACAAAUGACAAAGCAACAUUUGUGAAACGCAUGUCAGCAAGUCCUACUGCCCUCAUGGACGCAGUGGCUAAACUACCUCCUACUUCUGCCAACAUUGCCAACAAACUGCGAUCCAAUCAAAAUAACGAUCCCAAUCCCAAUAUGACUCAGAGGACUGUACUCCCAAAGCUGGUCAGCUGAUUGGAUACUUGAAACAAAAAAAAAAAUCAAAUAAUUAUUGACACUCACAAUAUGAAUUUUUGUGGCAUGCAGUAUACAGGGAACACAAAUUCUUCCUUUCUACAUUCCAACGUGACUUGAAACAACAGGUCUUUUGAUUAUUACUAGGCUGCAAGUCUGCACUGAGUUUGCUCUAGGACUACUAGGCAGCUCCCAUCAAGCCACACUGUACGCAUUGGUUUACACUGUACAAUGACGGAAACUACCCAUUGACGUUCACAGUAAAGCAGUUGGGCUGGAUGCACAAAUGAAAAAGGUGUUCUUUGAUUGGAUUAUUAUUUAUUUCACAUCAGUAAAACCCCACACAAAAAUAGCUGUGUUUUAAUCCUUUGGUCCCCAUAUAUUUGAAGGGCAAAAGUGUCCUUGUAUUCACUGAUGAAACUGCUGUGCAUAAAAGUAGCUUUAAUCCAUUCACAUUUAUUGAAAACAAAAUAACCAUACUCCAUUUUAAAAAUGCUCAUGUUCUUACAGUUGUCACCAUCAAUAUCCCAUUGUAAACUGACCAUGGGUUGGAUGGCAGUCCAAGGUGGACACUUCUAAACACUGCGAGAGUGAUAAAGUGGCCAGGCACACGAAGUGAUGGUGCUGCCCCCAUACUGCCUGAUUCACUAUCUGAUUCAAUUGCUUUGUUCAAGGUGCUGUGUUAAUUUAUAUGCAGGGAAUGCCACUGCCUUGCGGGGUUUUCAAAUGAACUGCAACGUCCUAGAACGUGGGCCAUUUUUCUUAAUUUAAAAAAAAGCUGCUAAUGUCAAAACCUGUGGGUAGAUCACCUUAAAUUUUGGCCUUGGAGGAGAGAUAUUUUGCCAUUUAUAUUUUGCGUUUGUGCCCAGGUUGUUUUACUGCUUCAAUUUCUGUUUUAUGAAGAUAUAUUAUCUAUUAAAGAGGAUGACAGAAAGGAACUCUCAUUGGUGCCGCUCAGAUAGAGAAAAGAUAAAUCUGUUUAUUUGUUUGUCUAUUAUUUUAUACUUUCGGCUCCUGGUGGCAGGGUGCAGUUGAGGAUGGAAAUUUGUCCCCCGAGAGUGGGUGUGUUUCCACUGCAGCAAAAAGCUUUAAAUCCACAGAAAUGUCGGUGGAUCAGUAACCUGAUAUGAAGCUGCAAUUUUCCUGAUUAUAAUUUGAUUAUUCAAAGAGAUUCACUAAGUUAAAUAUGUUAAUUGCUCCUUAACAGCCAGUCUGACUGCUGUAUUUGAACUUAAGCCUAUCGUAGAUUGGUUUGUCAGAACUUAUUGAAACAUAAAAGUGAAGCACAACUGGCAGUACGUACUCAACAUCACAAUUACUAUAUUGAGUCUCUCAAGCCAUUGUCGAGAAAGUUCUGUGAGGAUAGAAACAUAGAAAAUAGGGUGCAGGAGGAGGCCAUUCGGCCUUUUGAGCCAGUUCAUUGUGAUCAUAGCUGAUCGUCCCCAAUCAAUAACCCGUGCCUGCCUUCUCCCCAUAUCUCUUGAUCCCACUAGCCCCUAGAGCUCUAUCUAACUCUCUCUUAAAUCCAUCCAGUGACGGCCUCCACUGCCCUCUGUGGCAGGGAAUUCCACAAAUCGUGGCAGGGAAUUCCACAAAUAGAUACAGUGCUCAUUUUGCCAACAUAGUUGUCCGGUUCUCCACCUUUGAACCUCGGGCACUUGCUGACUGCAGUGAGCAAUUCUCCACUGUGUGCAUGUUAUUUGUGCAAAUGUCCCGUGCGUAUGAGGUGUCCUGAGGAUUACAAUCACAAGUCUCUCAGAAACAGCAGCAGACUGAUCCUGACCCACCUUUUGUUGAAUGUGUGUGAUAUAUGGGCAGCCCUUCAGAGAGAGGUCCUGUAUACAGAAUAUGCCUGUAUUGCCAACAUGAUCACCCGAUUGCCAAACACUUUAAUUCCCCUUCCCAUUCCCAUGCUGACCUUUCUGUCCUGAGCCUCCUCCACUGUCAAGGUCAAACGCAAAUUGGAUGAACUGCACCUCAUAUUUCGCUUGGGAAGCUUACAACCCAGUGGUAUGAAUAUUGAUUUCUCUAUCUUCAAGCAACCCUUGCAUCCCCUCUCUUUCCGUCCCCUCCCCCACACUAAUCAUUGUACUAGUUUCACUGUUGUCCUGUUGAGUUUCACUGUAUUACUCGUUAUCACCUUCCCCACAGCCAACAAUGGACCAUUGUGGGCUCCACCUUUCCUUGAUCAUCGUUGCUGGCUUUAAUCUGUCUUUUUGCAUACGGUCUAUGUACCUGUCCAUAUCUCUUGGUUUUCUCUCCCCUGACUUUCAGUCUGAAGAGCGUCUCAACCCAAAACAUCACGUAUUCCUUUUUGCCAGUGAUGCUGCCUGACCUGCGGAGUUACUCCAGCUUUUUGUGUCUACCACAGGAUACAGACCUGGGUUUCCUUGAAUAUCAUUACCUUGGUGGCUUGGCUAUCAUGGCACGAUGUAGCAGAAUUCUUGUUAAUUCCCAGAUCAAGAUCUAUCUGCAGCCGAGCCUAGCGGCUAUCAAACUGUCCAAACUGCUAUACUUUGGCAUUUCUCCUAUUCCUUGCAGAGUUUUAUGGAGAACACACAGGGGACUGCUGAAGCUGGAGAAAACAAAUAAACUGCUGGAUUAUGCAGGGUCCUGACCCGAAACGUCGACUAACCCUUUGCCUCUGCAAUGCUGCCAAAUCCUCUGAGUUCCUCCAGCAGUUAGUUUUCUGGCUUAUGGAGGAUCCUGCUCAUAAACCCCCAGGGUGGUUGCCCUGCUUCCAAGACAUUGCAUAUAACCAAACUUCAUCAUCAAUGACACAGGGUAGGUGCUCAGGUUUGUGAGUCCGACUCGCUUCUUGCGAGUGAAGCUCUCUCGGUAUCACAAGCGGGAGCUUUAAUCAAUGAGAAAGGCUUCUGCUCCAUUAAGUUUCAGGUCAUACAUGUGCUGGGCUACCAAGUGCAGGAAUUCUUCAUCCUGCAGCGGCCCCUCUUCCUGAUACAUUUAAUCCUACAUGGGAUCCCCUCGGUAAAUACAAGUAAAUGCACAAAAGAGGAGUGACCAAAGUUAUAUGUCCACCAGAAAUGUAAUUAAGAAGAGCAUUAAAAUGGUAAUGGUAUAUUUUAGCUGGUUUGGCCACUCUGGACUUCAAUGCAUCAACUCAGUCAAGACUGGUAGUGAUCUGCUGUGUAAUGCAUUGUUGGACACAAACCAGAGAAACAAAAACAGCCUUCUUCAAUAAGAAGUAGGAAGAGGAUGAAGAAGAUUCAGGUAGUAUUGGGAAGUAGUGGACUUUACUUUAGGGAUAUGCUCACAGCUGUGAGAUUCAGUUGCUCUCCAAUAAUGCUACUUGAUGAAAUCUAGACAGUAACUUCUCCUUAUCUCACUACCUUACACCAACAUAGUCCUAGCCCACAAGGAUGCCCAUGAUCAGGGCCUGCUACUCAACCCCCCCCCCCCCAUUCCAUGCAAGCUAAAGGGCCAUUUGCCAUUCAAAUAACACAAUUUGAUUGAAAAUUUGCACCGAAAAUUACUUAUACUGCCAACCACACAAAAACUAAUUAACUCUUUUAAAUUGUACAAACCACCCUUGCACAUAUUUCAUGCAGCUACAAGUGUUUAGUUUUGUUCUUCUUACAACAUCAUGUGGCUUCAGUGGACAAUGAGACAGACUGUUCAGAUCCCUUUUCUGGUGGAUGAGAUGGGCUUGGCAAAUGAUUCUGAGGUUUGAAGCUCUUGAGGGUCCUUCUAUGGAUUACUCUACCUAGAUCUGUGCAAGGCCCAAGCUAACCAUAUGGAACACAAAGGAGUGCUGACUGAGAGAGGAGAAAGGCUGGUAGAAAUCAAUAAGCACUUUGAACAAAAUUUCAUUUUGAUGGUGUGUAUCUUUGAUCAACAUGUUGCUUUCCUGCUGAACACUUUGUUGCAGGUCCAUAGGACACUGGAUAGCCAAGGAUGGGGUAUCCGUCAUCUGAAGGAACGUCUCAUUCAUAGUACACAAGUCCUUGAUAAGCAUCUUAAUUCACUUGUUGAAUUGCUCAACUUGGAGGUUUGUGGAAGUGGAACAUUGGAAGGGCUGUGAGACUGAGCCACUCAUCUGAAAACAAAACUGCUCUAUUCUCUGCUUGAAGGCUUGCCAAUAGAUUAGACAGGCUUUGCUGCUUGCGAAUGGCCCCACGGCUAGCAUUGAUUGACCUGAGCAGCACUUGGAACACCUUGAGUUCUCCAGCACCAGUUUUUGACUCCAUUAUCACUAUUUGCUCUUCUGUUAUGACUAUAACUCCAUGUGAAAACCUCUCCCUCCGAACAGACCUGCCAAAAUAUGAGGAUCUGAACUGGUCUACAGAGGCCAGGAGCCUUGUGACCCUGCACCCUCAGGAGAUCUUGCUGCAAUUCUUGGGAGGUGGGUGAAGUACAGGAGAUUAAAGACAUGAGUUAGAGCUUUACAGGUAAGAUAAAAAAACAAAAAAUGCUGAACAGUCAACAUCUGUAGAAAGAGUAACAAGAGUAUCUGACAUGAAUGAGAAAAAAUAAGUUACUUUUAAGGUGCAAAGAGUUUUUUUUUGGGGGGGGGGGGUUUAUAGACAGACAAUAGACAAUAGGUGCAGGAGUAGGCCAUACGGCCCUUCGAACCAGCACCACCAUUCACAAUCAGUACCCCGUUCCUGCUUUCUCGCCAUAUCCCCUGACUCUGCUAUCAUUAAGGGCUCUAUCUGAUAGUGCAAAUAAUUUAUCUCCAUGUAUCUCCAAUAGGUUCUCAACCUCAACUAUAAUUUUUUAAAACAUUAACUAUGCUUCUUUCAACAGAUGUUGUUGGAUAUGCUGAAUGUCUCCAGCACUCUUUAUUUUAUUUUAGAUUUCUAGCAUCUGUAGUUUUUUUUAUUUUCUUAAACGUUGCAUGUAAAAUGACUGGAUGAGAUAGAACUCUGUCACUAGUUUACCAGGGAGGUCCUCAGCUUCCUGUUUCUGUUCGUCAAGCACCAAAAUCUGCCUAGGAUAUCCAAAUACACUGCCUGUAGUAAACAGCUGGUCAAUGGUUGAAUAGACACCUCUGGUUCCCUGCCUCUUAGGAAAGAGAUGUAAGAGGAUAAAAGUGUUGUCAGAAAAACUGGCUUCUCUCUGCGUUUUAAUAAUAACCUUGUCUUUGAGCAGGAGUGCAGGAAAUAUAGGAAGCCUGCCCGGUUCUACAGCAAAUAUCAUUCCAUUUGGAAGGAUGCCAGAAUUUUAAUUGGAUACUUAAGUAAAGGGAGGUUUCCCAAUCAGGCCAAAUUAGCUAAGAACUGAAUCAUAGCCCAGAAGAAUAGAGAGGAGUUUUUUAGGUCUACUUCUUGGGUAGAUGAAUCAGGAUUGCUUUUCUGGGUCUCACAAAGACAGGUAUGAUCUAUCUGGCCUUAGCAUCAUCCUCCAUACUUGAUUACAAUUGGAUUCCCUUCCUCCUCAUUGCAUAUGUAUCUAUUGACAUUUAUGGGCUGAUCUGUUGAACCCUUCAGUAUCCUUUGACAUAUUGUCAUAUUACACUCAGCUAAUCUGACAGACAUUGUCAUUUUAAUUAUCCUUACUUCAAAAUACAUACAUGUUUACAUAUUGCCUCCCAUUGAUAGAUAGACUACAUUUUGUAACAUGCACUUUAAUUUUCCAGUAGAUCUUCUCUGUGGCAUGUUCAAUCCACACCCUGUCUUAUUUAGCCCCAUGUUGUGAUAACCCAUGAUUGCCUAUGUUAUUAGCCCUAUGACUGUUUCAGAGUCCUUACCAAAAGUUAUGUCCCUCCUAAUUAAACCCCUUUCUUAGCACCAUAGCUUCCAUUAUCUUUAUGAUUGGGCAUACAUCCUCUAACUGUAAUUGCCUUUUAGUCCUCUUUUGCUCAAAUGGAGCAAUAGACAAAGCUUUAAAUACAUUUAUUGCACAAAUAGCAACUCUUUUCCUUUAUCCCUCCAUCUUUAUCUUUCGUUAGAAUUUAUCUCUUUAAUUAAAUUUUAGGUCAUUACCCUCUCCCUCCGCUACUAAUGUUCAGUUGUUAUUGCCUUUGCAUUACAGCAUUUUACCAUUUUAACAGCUUCCUUGUCAUUUUGUCAAAAACACCUAAUUUGUUGACUGACAUGAGAAGUUUUCAGUUUCCAAAAUAUAGAAGGAGUAAAGAGCUAAAUUAUAUUCUUCUAGAAUACAUCAGCCUGUUAUUUUAUUUAAUAUUGUAUUCCUAUCAAGGCUCGUUCCAACUGUUUCAGGUAAAUACAGGGGUGAAUACAUUAACUGGCUAAAUUUGGGUAUUCCUAUGUAAAACUGACCAUUUUUUUUAAAAUUGCAAAAAAUAAGAUAACUUUAUUUGAGAAAUUAACUUCAGUGCAUUGGUGACG